AUGGUUGGUUACCACUCACAUCGAAUCAACUUCUUGUGGGUGAGAUGGUACCAAUACCUUGACAUCGGAUGCCCCAGUAGGCAAGCGCCUUUAGAUCGUGUCUACUUCCCACCUACCGCAGAGCCAGACUCAUUUGGGUUUGUUGACCCUGAUGAUGUCCUUAGGUGCUGCCACAUCAUUCCAUGCUUUUCCCAAGGCCUGCAGCACUUGGAUGGUAGGGGCAUCUCACACUGUGCUCAGGAUAAGUUGGACUGGAAGUCCUAUUACAUUAACCGUUUUGUAGACCAGGAUGCCUUUAUGCGGUAUCAAUGGGGGUUGGAAGUUGGGCACACCUAUGCUCAUGCCACCAUGCGGCGUCAAGAAGAUGAACCAACGGUUAUGCAGGACUUUGAGGACCUUGAAGAAGGGGGUUAUGGCUCAGGUUGUGGCAUGUCCAACUCAGGCAGUAACUCAGAGUCGGAAGAGUCAGACUCUGACUGGGGCUCUGCUUCAGAUGGAGGUUGUGGUAGCGAUAGCAACCAGUCCCUUGACUAUGAGAAUUAG